AUGUCGACCAAAAAUGAUAACACUCACCACCUCCACAAAAUCGGCGGGUGGAUGCCACCAGACCACGCCGCUCACCGCGAAUGGCUAGGUGGGGUAAUCAAACACGUCGACAACACGAAACAGGAACUGCAGCCAGUACUGCAAGAGUUCAAAAAUCUCAUCGAAACCAACACCCGAGUCUACAUGCUCAUCGAAGGCAUGCUCAGGGAAGUCCCACACAAAAAGCCUUACCGACAAGACCCAACCGGUCAUCCAGAGAUCCGGGAUUAUUAUCACUUCCUCCAAGUCCUCAAUCACCUACUCACUACUGCACCAUCAUGGACCGACAAAGCUCACCGCGUGGGCCUGGUCGGCCUGCCUAUUAACGCACUCUUGGAUUGGCCGAUGGGCACGCCCAGUGGCUACGCGGCGUUCCUGGACCCAGAAAUCAACGCAAUGUUAAAGAAGGUCCUUAAUGCAUGGGGUGAUUUCUUACGCUCCCCUGCUUCUGCCGAUGUGCUGGACACCUCUUCUCGUGGCUGGUUCGGUGAAGUCGGCCACCGUGACCUCAUGGCCGUCGCGAAGAUCGGCCCAACAGCCGCCGAGAGCCUCGAGUUCCAUCAUAUGUUCCAAUGUGACCCGUCUGCACCAAAAUACGGCUUCAAGUCGUGGGAUCACUUCUUUACUCGCCAGUGGCACGAUGGAAUGCGCCCGGUUGCGGACCCAGAAGACGGUCGCGUUAUCGCUAAUGCAUGCGAGUCGAAGCCCUACAGAAUCGCACAUAACGUCCAUGGUCGUGAUAAGUUCUGGAUCAAGUCUCAGCCUUAUUCUGUUCUUGAUAUGCUGGGCCAUGACGCUCUCGCUGAGCAAUUUGUCGGUGGUACGGUUUACCAGGCUUUCCUCAGUGCGUUGAGCUAUCACCGUUGGCACGCCCCUGUUUCUGGAAAAGUGGUGAAGGCCCACGUGGUUGACGGAACGUAUUACUCCGAGCCGCUAUUCGAAGGCGUUGGCAACCCAAUGGCUAAAUCCCAGGAUAUUACCCUUGAAGGUGAGGUUAUCUCACAGGCGUAUAUUACGGCGACUGCUACGCGUGCGUUGAUCUUUAUUGAAGCGGACGAACCUGCUAUUGGGCUUAUGGCGUUUAUUGGCGUCGGUAUGGCCGAGGUCUCGACCUGUGAGAUUACUGUUAAGGAAGGCGAUCGUGUCAAGAAGGGUGAUGAGAUUGGUAUGUUCCACUUUGGUGGAUCUACGCAUUGUCUUCUGUUCCGGAAGGGUGUCGAUGUUACUGGAUUCCCUAAGCCUGGAAUGGACGAGAAUAUGCCGGUUCGUAGCCGAUUGGCUACGGUUGGGUGA